AAAGCGUGUUAUCCCAAGGAAAAUAGGACUGUCUUAGCAGCAUUUACACAAACGAUGGAUCAGCUUAAUAAUUUAACACUAUGGGAUGUUAAAGAUGCCUUUAAUAAGGUAAAAAAUGUAGUCAUGAACUACACAGAAAUGGAGGCAAAGGUCCGAGAGGCAACCAAUAAUGAGCCUUGGGGCGCUAGUAGCACUUUGAUGCAAGAGAUUGCGCAAGGGACAUAUAGUUACCAGAGUUUCAAUGAGAUCAUGACGACGAUCUAUAAACGGUUCACAGAGAAGGAAGCCCGACAGUGGAGGCAGAUAUACAAGGCUCUACAAUUGCUUGAAUAUCUCGUUAAACAUGGUUCUGAAAGAGUAGUUGACGAUGCUCGAUCACAUAUGGGCACCGUUAAGAUCAUGCGUAAUUUCGCUUAUAUUGACGACAAAGGAAAAGAUCAAGGUGUUAACGUUCGGAGCCGUGCAAGGGAACUCGCCGAACUAUUGAGCGACGUCGAGAAAAUCAGGCAAGAAAGAAGAAAAGCGAAAGCGAAUAGAACUAAAUAUACAGGUGUUAGCUCAGAUGCUAUUGGUUAUGGUGGCUCGUCAUCUCGUUACGGAGGGUUUGGGAAUGACUCUUUUUAUUACAAUGAAGAUCGGACACGUUCUCGAUACGAUGAACCAGAUUCACAAUGGCAAAGCGAUUAUAGUAGGGCAGAUAGAAACUCUUUUAACGAAGAGAGAAGAACCAGUAGUAGUAGUGCAUCUCGUCUUAGUCAAACAUCCAAUAAAAAGAUAGCUGAACCAUCAACCGCGGCAACUAAUUUGGAUGAACCGGCAACUGCGAACACUGAAAUUAAUUUAUUCGAUUUUGAUGAUGCUCCAAAUACUAAUCCUAAUUCUGCACCUCAGAGUGAUUUUGGCGCGAUGCAAACUGCAUUUAUUGAUGAUGACUUUCAAGAUUUUCAAAGUGCUCCACUUACAACUCCUUCACAGAGAUCAUCUAUCUCAAUGAAUUCAACGAACCUGACUGGACUUCAGUUUACUUCAGCACCAAAAACAAAUAUACAGCCCGUUAAUAAUUCCAAUGUGCCAAAGAAUAAUACAAAUGCACCUCAAGUUAACAAUGAUUUGUUUGAUUUGCUUGGACCUGUUUCACCAGUUACUACAACACCAAGUACUAUGAUAACUCCGACUAACACUGUCGGUAAUCCGACUAAUCAGACUCAUUCGACAUCUACCCUUAAUUCCAAACCAAUGGUUUCACCAACAACGCCAAAACAAAAUUCCACAAAUAUGACAUCAUUUCCUGCUCUGAAAUCUGACGAUAUUUGGGCACAAGCGUCAAAAUUAGUAAGCUUGGAUUCUUUGGGAAAGGAGACUAAAACGACAAAGCAACCUACGAAACCAUCUAUGAAUUCUCUUGCACAAGCCAAUUCUUCAUCAUGGGCAGUUAAAGGAACAUGGACUGGCGCACAACCUUUACAGCAGAAUUCUACGAACG